AUGUUAUAAUUAAAUGAAUUGAUUGAUGAACAUUCAAUUCUUUUAGAAACAUAUUUAUAAAAAUAGAGAAUUCAUAUAGAUAAACAAAAAUUGCCAAUAAUAUGUUAAGAAUAAUAAAAUUCAGAUUCUUAGUGGAAAUAGAAGUGGGAAUAAGAGAAUAGACUAAAUCAUCAAAGAAAUUAAAAAAUAAAGUUAAUAUUAAAAUUAAUAAAAAUAGCGAGUUAAAGAAAAAACUAGAGGGACUUGAAGAAUAAUGUGUUUAAACAGAGAGUUUCUAGAUUACAUUAGAAUUAGAUUCUUGGAGGAAUAAAUAUUAAAAUUUGACAAAGAUUCACAAUGAAACAGCAGAAAAACUUAAAGUAUUAGAGAUUGAAUUAGAAUAAUUAAAAUAAAGUUAACCUGUAGAGGAUAGUGAUUAAUCGGUAUUGAAUUAAAUUAAUAUUAUAUAUAGAAAAGGACAUCAGUAAUAUCUACAAGGAGAAGACAAACAAAAUAGAUUGAGUUGUGA